GAGAUAUAGUUUUGCGCCCAAAACCACUGUUUUCUCCUAUGUAUUAGAGAUACGAAGGUACGACGACGGCAAAUACGUAUACCUUGGUGGAUCCCUUUUACACGAUAUGUCUUCUACGAAGUUUAACUCCAAAUCCCCUACUGUAAAACGAAUCUUGCGUGAAGCAUCAGAAUUAUCACUUUCCCCUUCCCCAGACUAUCACGCCAGCCCAGCAUCAGACUCCAACCUCUUCGAAUGGCACUUCACCCUUCGCGGUCCGCCCUCCUCACCCUUUGCUUCGGGGAUCUACCACGGCCGAAUAGUACUGCCACCCACAUAUCCUCUCCGUCCGCCGUCCUUUAGAUUCCUUACUCCGUCUGGCCGCUUCGAGACGAAUCGCGAGAUAUGUCUCAGUAUUUCCGGACAUCAUGAGGAGACGUGGCAGCCGGCAUGGGGCAUCAGGACCGCGUUGGUGGCAUUGAGAGCGUUUAUGGAGACGGAUGCAAAAGGACAACUCGGAGGUCUAGACACGAGCGAAGCCGAACGGAGACGGUGCGCAGAAGGGAGCGGAUCUUGGAAAUGCGCCACCUGUGGAAAGAGCAACGCGGAAAUACUUCAGGAAUGCGCCGAAGCAGCGCGCGAGAAAGAGGGGGAGAAUGGAGAGGGGAGCAGCAGGCCCGAUGAGGUCGUUCCUAAGGAACUGUCCAUUGGUUUUGAAGGCGAUAUUCAGCGCGAUAACGGGGAAGGAAAGGCCGAAUCCGAAUCCCCUACCAAGGAGCAGGAGACCUCGGGAACAGCUCCCGCAACGACGACACAAACGGACGUCUACCCUCCUGCGAGGCCUGCACAGAGCGUCCCUCAGCCUACCGGAGCUGUGCCGCCAGACAGCUCCACGACCUCUCGAGCAGAACCAGCACGGGACCUUCGACUACGUAACCCAACAGCUAGCACAGGAACCACGACGAAUACGACCCCACAAAUCAGACUACAGCAAGUACCGACACCAAGAGACGAGGUGACUGUCUGGAUCGAUCGAGCCAUAGCCGGGGUUCUAGUAUGCUUGGCAUUUAUGGUCACGAAGGUGCUGCUUGCCGUUUGAUUUUUGGGUUUCUGCAAAGGAAAGCAGAUAUAUAUAUAUAUAUACAUACAUUGGGAUAGGACUGGCUUCAGUGAAGGGGCGUUUGGAUGGGGAAUUUCGGCGCUAUAUAGUCUGAUAGAUAC